GCAUGAGCCGGCCCUGGCAGGCGCUGCGCGCGCUGCGUCUGCGGCUCUUCGGGCCCGCCAAGGAGCUGGUGGGCACCGACCAGUUCGGCAACAAGUACUACCGGGUGCCCAAGCACGAGACCCGCGCAGGGCAGAUUAUACCAGAAAGAAGAUUUGUAGAAGCAGUAAAUCGUCAAGCAUAUCAGUAUGAAAUGGGUGACUUUCCAACAGAAUGGGAAGCAUGGAUAAGGAAAAAAAGAAAGGAUCCACCCACCAUUGAGGAGAUUCUUAAGAAUGAGAAUUACAGAGAAGAAAUGAAACGGAAAAUCAAAGAUGUAUCGGAGAAGGAUAAGCUGCUUCAGGCCAAGGAAUACAAGGAGGGACUUGUUGCUGAACCAGCUCAUACUCAUGUUAAAGGCCACGCAUCAGCCCCUUACUACGGAAAGAAAGAGCCUUCACAAGAUCCAACAAGUGCUGCGAGCACCUUUCAGCCAGGCUCCUGGAUGCCACCAGGCAGUGGUAGUAGUCAUAAUAAAUAAUUGUAAUGUACAGAUACUGCUAAUGGAUAAAUAUUUUGACAACAUAAACAGCUGUUAUAGAUAAGUCAGUGUGCAAUAAAGUAAUAUUAGAGCAGUUUCAUUUAUUUUUGCAGAAGUGUUCAAUAGGCUUAAUCAUGACAAGCUACUGUAAAAUGUUUGAGUUUAGUGAAAAACAGGAUGCGUAACUAGGUAAGUUUGUUUUCGACAGUUGCUGUUCAUCAGUUACUCAUGAAAUCAUAGGUAGGCUUUCUAGCUAACGUAAUUUUCUUGAAUACUAAAUUUUUUCCUUGAACACUCAAUUUAUUUUUAAAAUUGGUUUUGAUGUGAUAAAUUUUAGUUCAUCAGUACACUCAAAUUUUCCUAAACCUAGGCAUCAGUUUAACAUAGUUCUUCAGAAUGCUUGUUAAUUCCCUUGGCAGUGCCAGUGUGCUUUCCUCUGGCAAGCAGGUGGAAAAGUUGAUUUCACUAACAGGAGUCACUAUGACACUACACUGACUAUGCACUGUAUUUAUCUUAGAGACAUUCUUGUAAUUAAAGCUUAAGAAAACAAUCAACAUAUUUGAAUAAUGUUUGAUUUGCAGCCAACAGUAAGCACAGGAUAAAAAUACCUGUAACUACUGUAAUAGAGGUUAGAAGCACUUGGUAAAGCUGCUGGAAAGUAACCCAGGGUUUGGGACAAGGGACUGUCAUUAAUAUUUAAAAAAAAUAAUUAGUUUUUAUUUCUGGUGCAUGUGGGGACUUCCCUAAAUGCUUAGAUCUAUUUGGCCAUAGUUCAGAUACGUAAAAUGUGCACAUUAUUUGCUUAGACAUGACGUUUGAGAACUUCCAAGUCAAAAUAAAGACCACACAAUUUUUUGAAAAAAGUAUCAAAUUUAUUGAUGCAGUGCAUCCUUCAUAAGUUCUCUUCCAUGUGUUUUAAGCUAUGUAGGUAUCAAAGGUGGAACACAUAACAUUUGACAACACUUGAGACAAAACAGUGGAGACUUAAUCCCAUGUAUUUAUAAAAUGCCAAAAUGUCAUACUCCAAUAAUGCUUGUUUUGACCAAUAAAGUUGAAAAAGGAUCAACAAUA